GGGGGGGCGGGGAGUCGAGAGUCAUGUGACUCUGCUUGCCUGUUACACAAGUUCCGGCCCAAACUUACAAAAUCACAUAUCAGAAAUCAACCAAUCACAGUGUGGUAUUUGCCAAAAAGAGAGGGGGAAGAGGAGAGAGGACAGAGAGAGGGGGAGAGGAGAGGGGGAGGAGAUUUAUAUAAUACUGAGGUACAGAGAAAGAAGAGAAGGGAGGAGAAAGGAGAUGAAAGAUUACUCAUCUGAUCCAUUUAUAAUAACCCUUGUGCCGUAGCUUUCCAAACCAGUCCUGGGGGGCAUUAUUCCACUACCGGGUUAACAGAAAUGAAGAGACAAAAACUAGCAACAUCUGCAUAGAACUAUCAAAAAAAAAAAAAAAAUAAGUCGAGCUCUUUUCUUUCUUUGUUAAAUAUUUCUGGUGAUUGUAGAGGAGAGAGAGAGGGGGGUGCUGAAUUACAACAUGUUGGCUGGAAGGAAGGGAGAGAAGGGGACAGAAAGAGGAAGAAAGGAGAGGCCGCACAGCAAGGGAAGGGAGGAGAGGCGAGGGAGGAAGCAGGGCGAUGGAGGGAUGGAGGAGCAGCGAGGGAGGAAGCGUCUGGACCCCAUGAGUGUGGGGUAUUACAGACGAGUUUCCGAGAGGCUGGGGGAGGAAUUUAGUUCGGAAGAGGAGAAGGCACUGUUUGUCAGUAAUGUCUUCUCGGAGGUCAGAGGUCAGGCGCUGCCAUUGGCGACGGACCCCACCGGAAGUUUUGCCCUCCAGAAGCUCCUCCCCCUGGCCACACCUGCUCAGGUCUGCCGGCUGCUGAAAGGACUGAGAGAGGAAGGGGAGGAGGGAUCUGGGUUCAAGACCGCGGCCUGCCAACGCUGCGGGACUCAUGUAAUUGAGACAGCGCUGAGACAGACUCGCAGACUGCUGCAAGACGCAGGGGAUUCUGGGAUGCAGGAGGACUCGGAAGAAGGGGAAGGCGGCGCUGAGGAUUGUGGGACGGUGGAGGACCACGUGUUGGGCCUGGCCUCCGAAGUCACGGAGAAGCUUCUGGAAUAUUCCAAAGACACGCACGGAACUUUCGUGGUGAGGACCCUCAUCCACGUACUGGGAGGACUGGAGACCAGAAACCAGGAGCAGACUGGGAGAGGUUUUAAAAAACCCGCCCCGAAGGCUCCAGAGUUCUCCGAGUUUGAAGUUCCAGAAUCUUUCAAGGGUGCUCUAGAACGACUGGCUGAUGAACUUCUAGAACAUGUAACAGUGUUUCUCACUCACCCCACUGCUAGUCCGGUGUUUCAGGUCUGUAUGCAGGUCUUUCACAGGCAGUGCCCUGAACAAUGCCAGCGGCUGGGGCAAGGCAUGCUGGGAUACUUGACGUCACUCAAUCCGGGCGCAGGCAGCAGCCCCUUGCUGGUGUUCCUGAAGGAUCAGACCUCCAGCCGGCUCCUUGAGAAGAUGGUGGAGCUAUCCCAGAAGUCCCUGUUCCGCUCCCUCUACAAGGAUCACUUCCGUGGUCAGCUGGUGACCUUGGCCUUGCACCCCAUCGCCAACUUCCCAGUGCAGAGACUGCUGGCUGCUGCGCCCAAUCGGAAACUGUUUGUGAAGAUUUUUGACGAGCUCUUAGAAGGUCUGGAAGCCAUCUUGGCUGCAGGUCACAUGGGAGUGAUCAUCCAGUUGGCACAGAGCUGUGUGAAGCAAGGGGAGAGGCAGGCAGAGCUGCUGCAGUGCCUCCUAAAGGCGUUCCACUGUGCUGACCCCCCCUCCAGAAAGCUGUCCUGCGCCCCCCUGUUCCUGACACUGCUGGCCCACGAGGUGUACUACCAGCCUCAGGAGCCAGGGGGCGAUGUGGCGCAAUCGCAGAAGCCUCUGUCCGGAUUGGUCUACCACGGCUCCUGUCUCGUCCAAUCACUGCUGAAGUUCUCUGAUAACUCCGCCCUCCUGCGCAGCCUGGAUUCCUUCCCAGCCUCCGAUCUCCUGAUCCUGGCCUGCGACCAAUCAGGGAGCCACACCAUGGAGGUUCUGAUGACAUCACUCAGCGACAAGGGGCGGGACCGGCUCUUCAAGAAACUCAAAGGUCACUAUGUCCAGCUGUCCUGCAGUAAACACGGCAGUCGAGUCCUGGACAAGCUGUGGAGUGCGGCGGCGCUGGGUUCAAGACGGGCCAUCGCGGAGGAGCUGGCCUCUCAUGAGUCAGAGUUGCGCGCUGACCAGUUUGGUCGCCAUGCGGUCCGGAACUUCGCUCUGAGUCACUUCCUGAAGAGGCGGAGAGAAUGGGAGGAGCUGCAGAGCGUCCAAUCCAAGAAGAGGAAGAUGUUCGAUGACAUUCUGGGGUGACCCGACGAGCGACGCGGUCAACAACAAACGAAUCAUUUAAAAAAACAGCAUCUCUUCUUUACCGCAUAUCAAUAAUAAUAAUAAUACAAAUAUUCGCAAAUGUGUCUCUACACCAAUGCGCCUCUGUGCUGCCUGUGUGUUAAAACGACAAAUAAAUGCAUCAAUUGUAAAGAAAAAUGUUUGAAAAAUAAAAUGUUCAUUGUUUUUAUAA